ACUCCAAAUUCCAAAAUACCCAAAUCGUUGAACUGGAAAUUGCCCCACAAACCAUUGCCACUCCCCUUAAAAUCCUGAACCAAAUGUGCUCACUACGAGUGCCGACCAUGGCUGCCAGUGGCUUAGCCUCACUUCCGAUUCUCAGAAGAGUACUUCCUUCACUCCUAUCUUCUCGUCCCACUCAUGCCGUCAAAGAGAUCUUUUACGAUAGAACCCUCAUAUUACGAACACCUCUGCGCUCCUCAGCUUUUGGAAUAUGCGACCUACCACAGGCUAUUAAGGGUGAUACAGAUGUUUUACUGAAAGGAUUGGGAGACAAGAACACCAUUGAAGAUGUGAAACGUAUUGUUGAACUGGCGAAACGGGCAUCAUUGAGACGAGAAGUUUUACAUACUGACUUUCUGACCCCACCUGUUCUGAAAGAGUCAAUGCUAGUCUUAGAAAGGUUAGCCGACGUUAAGAUCGUUGCACAAGGAGGAUACCCGGAGGCUGAACGUUGCCGUCUCUCAGUUGGGCAUCCAGAUGCAUUAACAAGUGAUCCAGAUAUUGUCUCAGCCUUGAGUAUUUCAGGGAACUUUUCAUUUCAACCUUGUUCUCACGGUGAUUUCCUUGGUGCAAUCCUUGGUACGGGGAUAGUAAGGAAUAAGCUGGGAGAUAUACUCUUGCAGGGUGAAAAGGGAGCUCAUGUUCUUGUUGUUCCAGAACUUUCUGACUUCAUUUUAUCAGCAUUGGACAAGGUUGGAAAUGUUUCUGUCUCUUGCAAGAAGAUUCCUUUGCUAGCCCUUGAAUACGAACCACCAAGGACCAAGUCCUUAAAAUCUGUUGAGGCAUCACUGAGACUUGAUGCCGUAGCUAGUGCAGGAUUCAAAGUUUCACGAACCAAAAUGGCCAGUUUGAUUAGUAAUGGAGAUGUUCGUGUCAAUUGGACAACUGUGACAAAAAGCAAUACUACCAUUAAGACUGGAGAUAUCAUAUCAGUUAGUGGAGAAGGCAGACUUAAGAUUGGAGAAAUUAAUUCAACAAGGAAGGGAAAGUUUGCAGUUGAGCUCAUUCGUUCUCGCGGUGACGAAAAUAUAGUUCUCUCAAGUUUGCAAUGAUGUUACAGUUGUGCGCCUGAGGCCAGUUCCAUGUUGUCUGCAACUCGGCAUUUCGUGGUUUAACUUUUUUUGGGAGACAAAGCAGGAAAGUGGAGGAUGACACACAGAUUGGAACUCGUUCAGUCAUAUUUCCUGAUAAUAUCAAUUUUGUAAAGGGAGCUACAACCGAUGCAGGUCCAGGGGCUGGUGUCUGGAAAUUAAACUUCAGUUGUGGAUAACUGGAUAUGUACUAGCAGUUUAAGUGAAUCAUCUAUUCAAAUUGUAAAGGGCUAUGUUCACUCAUUUUUUCAGAAUUCUUCAGUGGGUUGGUACGAAAGGGCAAUCACUCUAGAUCUAAAAGUGACGUUUCUAUUAGAGAGAGAUCGAGGGUGAGUCCAGUUGGUUCAACUAAACCUACCAUUUUCGGCUUGAAUUAUGUAUGCAUAUGACUAAAUUGUCAACAUAUUACACAUUAAAUUCAUUGACUCUAAAAUUUUAGGUCCUUGAUACAUCUGACGGCACGGCAGUGCAUGUUAAUCAUCAGGCAAAGGAAGUAGAAGGCUACACUUUGGAUUAUUAAA